CUUCACACUCACACAAAAUUCAUUUCCCUUAAUCUAUGCACUGCACACUCCACUGAACAACACAACCUAUUAUUCCUUUCACCAAAUCCUUCUCGCAAAUUCCAAUAAUCUUUUACAAAAAUUCCAUUUCCUUUUUUCUCUCAUGCUUUCAUUGCAUUUCCUCUUAAAUUAGAAUCAUGUCACCGGCGCCGGAAUAUUCCUUCGCCGUCGAAUACGACGGUCCACCGCUAACUUACGAUCUUCCUCGAGCUGUUCCCAUCACCGUCGACAACAUUCCGGUCGCCGCCGUCGUUUCCCAGGUCCCUCUCUCCGAAACUCUCUCUUUACCGGUUGUACAACCGCUUCUACCACCGCACCAUGCAAAAGAGCUAAGAACACUAAACUCCGGCGAAUCUAGGGUUUCCAAAGAACUCGAAUUAGCUUCGGAGAGAACGGUUUCUCCCACUUCCGUUAUUGCUUUCGAUCACCGUGGUUCACAGAUUAACGUCUGUGAACUUUCCGGUGAAUUAAGUAGUUCUGGACCGUUUGAUUUCUCAAACGGAAUUGAAAAUGAAAUCUCCGGCGAGUUUUCCGAUUUGGGUGAUUCUUCGAGGUUGCUCGAAGAAUCAACCUCUAGUGAGUUACCUAGCAGUAGAACUAGAAGCUCUAGUACUAUGGAGUUGAAUCAACAAGAUUGGGGUUCAACUGAGUCUGUGUUGAGUUUAGAGUAUCCAUCGACGCGUGUUUCUUCGUUGAAAGCGGAGGAUUGUGAUGGUAAACGUGUUCCGGCUGUUACUUUUGAUGUGGAAUCUGAUGAGGAUGGUGAUGAUGAUUUGAAUGAGGAGUUUGAGGUUGAGGAAACCGUGACUAGACCGGUUAAAAGGGAGCCAUUAACGAAGGGAAAGAAAGGGUCGUGUUAUCGAUGUUUUAAGGGGAAUAGGUUUACUGAUAAAGAGGUUUGUUUGGUUUGUGAUGCAAAGUAUUGUAGUAAUUGUGUGCUUAGAGCAAUGGGGUCUAUGCCGGAAGGUAGAAAGUGUGUUACUUGCAUUGGAUUUGCUAUAGAUGAGUCGAAUAGAGUGAAUUUAGGUAAAUGUUCUCGGAUGCUUAAGCGAUUGCUUAAUCAGUUGGAGGUUAGACAGAUAAUGAAAGCCGAGAGGUUUUGUGAAGCAAAUCAGCUUCCACCGAAUUACAUUUGUGUGAAUGGGAAACCACUUUCUUAUGAGGAAUUAGUUACCUUGCAGAACUGUUCGAACCCUCCAAAGAAGCUUAAGCCGGGAAACUAUUGGUAUGAUAAAGUAUCUGGAUUUUGGGGGAAGGAAGGACAGAAGCCUUCCAGUAUUAUAAGUGCCCAUUUGAAUGUUGGAAGUCCCAUCCAGCCAGAUGCUAGUAAUGGAAACACACAGGUUUUCGUUAAUGGUCGUGAAAUAACAAAAGUGGAGCUUCGAAUGUUGCAGUUGGCAGGAGUUCAGACUGCUGGUAACCCACACUUUUGGGUCAAUGAGGAUGGUUCUUAUCAAGAAGAGGGACAGAAGAAUACACGAGGGUACAUAUGGGGAAAGGCUGGAACCAAGCUUGUAUGCGCUUUCUUGUCCCUGCCAGUUCCUUCUAAAUCUUCGAGUUCUCUUGGAGAACAACACUCCAAUAUGGCUAGCAGAUCAAUUCCCGACUACCUUGAGCACGGAAUAGUUCAGAAGCUUCUCUUGGUUGGUUGCAGUGGAUCUGGAACAAGCACUAUUUUUAAGCAGGCCAAGAUUCUUUACAAAAGCAUCCCCUUCUCAGAAGAUGAGCAUGAAAAUAUUAUAUUGACCAUUCAGAGCAAUGUUUAUACCUACCUUGGAAUACUCCUUGAGGGCCGUGAGCGUUUUGAGGAUGAAAUAUUGGCAGAUUUAACGAAAAGGCAAUCUUCCAUGCUUGAUACAACAGGAACCAAUCCAAAACCCGAUGAUAAGACAGUAUAUUCCAUUGGCCCAAGGCUGAAAGCAUUCUCUGAUUGGUUGCUGAAAACUAUGGCAUCGGGCAAACUGGAAGCUAUUUUUCCUGCUGCUACUCGUGAAUAUGCACCGUUGAUUGAGGAAUUAUGGAAUGAUACUGCCAUUGAGGCCACAUAUGAAAGAAGAAGUGAAUUGGAAAUGCUGCCUAGUGUUGCCACUUAUUUCUUAGAGCGGGCUGUCAAAAUAUUAAGGACAGAUUAUGAACCCUCGGAUUUAGAUAUCCUCUAUGCUGAAGGAGUUACUUCAUCAAAUGGGUUGGCUUGUGUGGAGUUUUCAUUUCCCCAAUCAGCUCCUGAGGAAACUGUGGAUACUACUGAUCAAUAUGAUUCUUUGGCUAGCAGGUAUCAACUGAUCAGAGUGCAUGCGAGGGGACUUGGAGAAAAUUGCAAGUGGCUAGAGAUGUUUGAAGAUGUUGAAAUGGUCAUCUUCUGUGUUUCCUUGAGUGACUAUGAUCAGUUUUCUGUCGAUGGAAAUGGUUCUCUCACAAACAAGAUGAUAUUGAGCAUGAAGUUUUUUGAAACCAUUGUCACUCAUCCAACUUUUGAGCAAAUGGAAUUCCUGUUGAUAUUGAAUAAAUUUGAUCUUUUUGAGGAGAAAGUCGAACAAGUUCCUUUGACCAAGUGUGACUGGUUCUCUGAUUUUCAUCCAAUAACUAGCCGCAAUCGCACCAACAACAAUAGCAACAGCAUUAAUAAUAAUCCCUCCCUUGGUCAACUGGCUUCCCAUUACAUAGCGGUUAAGUUCAAAAGGCUUUUUUCAUCGCUUACAGGACGAAAGUUGUAUGUUUCUGUGGUGAAGGGGUUGGAACCUGAUAGUGUUGAUGCGUCCCUUAAAUAUGCCAAGGAAAUUUUGAAGUGGAGUGAAGAGAAACCAAACUUUAAUGCAAGUGAGUACUCAAUGUAUAGCACUGAAGCGAGUUCAUUCUCUCAUUAAUUGCUAGUUCAGGCACAAGUUGGAAGUCAUGCUUAUGUAUGACUUGAAUUCUGUUGUACAUAUAUUGCUAACUAGGUGUAACAGGGAAUGUAAACUUCUACAAGCUAUCAACUUGUAAGAUGCACUAGACACAUGUAGGUAAGAUUUCACGUGGUUAGGGAAUGCUGGUGAGUCAGUCAGCACAUGCCACAAAGGUCAUGGUGUAAUGUUCAAAUUCAUAUUUUUUGUUACAUGGUAAAGUAAUAUCUUCAUGUUUGAAUUUGUAUAUCA